GGCCCGGGCCCCCGGGCCCCCAGGUCUUAUAAAAGCACGCGGUACCUUCCUUGAGGGCCAGUAGCCUCUCGCUCUCCAACAACAGCAGCACCAUGCUCCGUCUCACACUCGUCGCGGCUUUGGCCGUCGUCGCCCUCUCCGGGAGCGCGUUCGCUGGUUUUGAAGGACAAACCCAGAACAAGUUCAUCGUGACCUACAAUGUCGUGCCCGACGUGUUCGGUCUCUUCGCCUUCUACACCAUGCCCCGCACCCUCCGAGAGGCCAAGGAUCUCCACUUCGACUGGGCUUCUGAGCGCAACCCCGCCGACAACAACACCGACCUCUACUGCCGCAAGGGAGACCACCGCGUCUGCGUGCUCUUCGACAAGGCUGGCAGCGUGGCCGGCAUCCAGCUGUCCGUCGAGGCCAAGGAGCUGGACAACUCUGGCGCCCCCGUCGACGUCCUGGCCAUCCCCGAGUGGCGCAGGAACAUGAUUAAGAGCAAGGAGGUGUACUCCAACACCGCCUUCUUCGUGUCCAAGGCGAUCAUCGACGCCGGCGGCCGCGACAUCGAGGAAGACACCCUGACCGCCCCUGACGGUCUCUACAUCCUGCAGACCGACACCAACGGCGUCGAGACCGCUCGCCUGCACGUCAGCAACGACCAGAGCGACGCCGAGGCCGCCGGCUUCAACGAGCAGAGCUGCUUCAUCGGCAUGGGCAAGCACUACUUCCAGAGCCUGACCAAGGAGUCCGUGUGCGAGAACCACCGCCCCUACUUCACCCUGUACGGGCCCAAGUCCAAGAAGCUGACCGGCUUCGGCUUCACCCAGUACGGCAAGCCCUCCCAGGGCCGCGGAUGGUUCGAGGCCCCCCCUGCGCUCGCCGCCAAGACCAUCGCCCCCAACUCACCCGCCUGCAUGACCGAGUGGCUCAAGGAGUACGGCCUGUUCACCAUGCACGUCUUCUUCGUCGCCCGCCCCUACCUCACCACGUGCUAAUUGAUAAAUAAUUAAUAAAUUACUGUAUUAAAUUAGUACUGCAAUCGAA